AUGCACGGCCGCGGCGCGCUGCUUGGUGCCGUGGACCAGAGCCUCGGCGCCGACGAGUUCGACCACGACGAGGCCGCCCGUCUGCUUCUCCUCGCCCUGGCGUGCAGCAGCCCCAACCCGGGCGACCGGCCCACCAUGCCGCAGGUGCUGCAGGUCCUAACCAAGGCCGCGCCGCCGCCCGAGGUGCCGCCGUUCAAGCCCCGGUUCGUGUGGCCGCCCGAGGGGGGAGCGAAUUUCCAGCUGAGCGAUGUCGAGGUGACCACGAGUGGCACCGGCACCGACGUCGGCGUGUCGACGCGGGCCACGCAGAGCACCUCCUACGACAGCUUCCAGCCGCACACCGCGCCAAACAGCAGCGACAGUUACUUCCCAGCCCUCUCCUCCGGCCGUUGA